GCCCGCGCGCCGCGCUGCCACGGACGUGUCGCGCCAGGAGGCAUAACUUCCCGGGCACUGGCUUCCCCGCAGAGCGGAACUGCAGGACCCCCGAAGGAAGCGGCCCCGGGGCUGGAGGCGACCGCGGUACCCUCGCGCCCGGCUCUCGAACAUUCCUGCCCGCAGCCGUCCCGACAACAGCCCUGUAAGGAUGAGGCUCCGCUGCCUCCUGCUGGCCGCGCUGUGGCUCUGCACCGGUGACCUGGGCAGCCCCUCCGAGCACUGCGAGGACUGGGGCGUGGGCACCAGGAAGCGCCAGCUGGUCUACAGCGGGGAGCCCGCCCGCAUCCGGUGCCCGCUCCUGGAGGCCCUGCUGAAGUGCAACUACAGCAUGGCCCACGCCGCCGGCCUGACCCUCAUCUGGUACUGGGUCGGGAGGGGCCAGGACCUGGAGGAGCCCAUCAACUUCCGCCUGCCCGACAACCGCGUCAGCAAGGAGAAGGACGCCCUCUGGUUCCGGCCGGCCUUCCUCAACGACACGGGGAACUACACCUGCAUGCUCAGGAACGCCACGUACUGCAGCAAAUUCGCCUUCCCCCUGGAGGUCAUCAGCAAGGACCCCGGGCUCUGCCUCAGCCGCGCCAUCAGGCCGGAAGAGGUGCUCUUGUACGAGGACUUCACCAACCUGAACCUCACCUGCCCGGAUGUGGACGGAUUUUAUCCUGCCACCACCAAGCCGGACGUCCGCUGGUAUAAGAACUGCACCCUGGUGCAGAAUUUCUUCGAGCGAGAGCCCAACGGCAUCAACCUCACCUUCAUCAUCGUCCGCGAGGCGUAUAACGACGACUACACGUGUGUCGUGACCUACAGGGAGAACGGCCGGCAGUUCACGCUCACCAGGACUUUGAGGGUGAAGGUGGUAGGAUCUCCGUAUGACUCGAAGGUUCCGUUUAUUAAAGUUCCGAACGAACGAGUCGUCUAUGAGCUCAAACCAGGAGAAGAGCUGGUCCUGCGCUGCGAGGUCUACUUCACGUUCCUGAAGGACUCUCUGCAGGACGUCUGGUGGACCAUCAACGGGAAGCUCAGAGACGAGUUCCCGGUGCUCACGUUCAACACCUCCUAUAAGGAGACGCCCCUGGUGCUCGGAAGCACGAGAAUCGAAAACACGCUGAUCCUGCCGAAGGUCACCGAGCAGGACCUGAAGCACAACUUUACGUGCCACGCACAUAACAAUAACGGGACCGUUUCUCAGCAGGCGCUUGUGAAAAUGAAAGCUCCACUGCCGAGGUACACGGUGGAGCUGGUCUGUGGCCUGGGAGCCACGGUUCUCCUCGUGGUCGCCCUGACGGUCGUCUACCACGUCUACUGGCUUGAACUGGUCCUCUUCUACCGGGCUCGUUUUGGGACGGACGAAUCCAUCCUCGACGGGAAGGAGUAUGACAUUUAUAUUUCCUACGCGAGGAACGCCGAGGAAGAAGAGUUCGUGCUGCUGACAUUGCGAGGGGUUCUGGAGAGCGAGUUCGGCUACAAGCUGUGCAUUUUCGACAGGGACAGCCUCCCGGGGGGAAUUGUCACGGACGAGACGCUGAGCUUCAUCCAGCGGAGCCGCCGCCUCCUGGUCGUGCUGAGCCCCAACUACGUGCUGCAGGGCACGCAGGCGCUGCUGGAGCUCAGGGCCGGCCUGGCGGACAUGGCCUCCCGGGGCACCAUCCGCGUGAUCCUGGUCCAGUACAAGGCCGUCGGGAAGAGCCGGGUCAAAGAGCUCCGCCGGGCCAGGGCCGCCCUCACCGUCAUUAAGUGGCGGGGCGAGGCCUCGGCUCACCCGCGCGGGCGGUUCUGGAAGCAGCUGCUGGUGGAGCUGCCCGUGAGGAGCAGGGCCUGGGGCCCCGCGCAGCAGGCGCCCUCUCCCUGCCGCCCCUGAGGAGCGCCUGAGCAGUGGGCGCCCCCAGCGGCCGCUCGAAGGAAGGGUUCCCGCUGGAGCACCGGCAGAUGCCUGCGCCGCCUGCCCUGCAGCCGAGCGCCCCUCGCGUGGCCUCGCCUCCGGGGGCAACUCCACGUUUCCCGGCUUGUGGCGCCCCCGCUGGGUAGCCCUCCCACGAAGGCGGGACCUCGUCUGUGCCGUGCGGUGUGAGGGACUUCAGGAAGGAGGGCUUGGGGUCCCGGUUGGGCAUCGGUGGUCCGGAGGGCCUGGGCCGCGCCGCCGUCCUUGCGGUCCGGCCGCCCUGUGGGGCGCAUCGUUUGUCUGUCUGGGGCAAGCUGAGCCCUCGUGCACCCCAGCCAGCACCACGAGCCGCCCUCUCCGCUUCCCACCCCAACGGGGCUUUUAAUAUUAUUCUUGUUAUUUAUUUCAUUUCUGUGCCACCCCGUCACGACACUCCCAACCCCAGAAUUAAAGUGGGCAGCUCUUUCUGAGCGGGUCCGGGAACACCUGGGCUGUGGACAGUGUCCACGGGACAGAGUGCCGGCGCCCGCCAUAAGUGUCCCGCGUGUGGGCAGGCGCAGGCGGCAUGGGAGGCAGGCGCCCGCUCUGGCAGCGCCACCAGCCGGCCCAGAUCCCCCUCAGGGAGUGCCGUUUGUGCCUUGCGUCUCGCUUCCUCGUCUCCAGAGGUGCGUGCAAUUUCGGCCCCGAUUCAGGUCGGCUCGGGGGGGAUUUGGCCAUUUCGGAACGCUGGAGUGCCACUGCUGGCACACGGCUCCAGGCCCCCCUCCCGUCAGCCCCUGCCGGCGAGUGGCCGUCCUUCCGAGGGCCCUGCCAUGCUCUCCGCGCCCGGCCCUUCGCCUGGGGAGACGCUUAGUGGCCGCAGCUGCCCCAGGAGGGGGGCUUGUCGCCAUGAGGCAAAGCGGCUGGGCUGCGAGCUCGGCUCCUGGUCGCCCCUCGGACGUGGGGGAGCUGCAGAGAUCCACGUCUGAAGAGCUCCCCUCCACCCCUCCCAUUGCAUGCCUGCUCACUGGUCCACCCUCACCCCCAAGGCCGCCUGGGGGAGG